AAAUAAAGAGCCUAACAGGUUCCUGCAGCACCUGAGAGAUCUCGCCGGACGCAUGUCCUCUGGCGCAAGGGGUGCUGGACUCGGACUGAAGUUAUUGAUUGGAGCUGGUGCUCUCGCUUAUGGAGUUAAAGAAGCCACAUACACAGUAACUGGGUGUCAGAAAACGUAAGGCCCAGAGAUCUCAAACUUGGUGGGAUGGUCCCAAAUCCCACCCACUACUCAGUGGAGGGUGGUCAGCGAGCAAUCGUCUUUAACAGAAUCGGAGGAAUGCAGGUGGACACCGUCCUCUCUGAGGGUCUCCACUUCAGGAUACCAUGGUUUCAGUAUCCAAUUAUAUAUGAUAUCAGAGCCAAACCAAGGAAAAUAUCAUCUUUAACAGGAAGUAAAGACCUGCAGAUGGUGAACAUCGCUUUGCGUGUGCUGUCACGACCUGUGGCCUCCAACCUUCCAAUCUUAUACCAGCAACUUGGGAAGGACUAUGAUGAGCGUGUGCUGCCAUCUAUUGUAAACGAAGUUCUGAAGAGUGUGGUAGCCAAGUUCAAUGCCUCACAACUAAUCACACAAAGAGCCCAGGUUUCAUUACUUAUCCGGCGGGAGCUCUUUGAGCGUGCUAAGGACUUCAACAUUAUUCUCGAUGAUGUGGCUAUCACAGAGCUGAGCUUCAGCAAGGAGUACACAGCAGCUGUGGAAGCCAAACAAGUUGCCCAGCAGGAGGCGCAGAGAGCUCAGUUCUUUGUGGAGAAAGCAAAACAAGAACAAAGGCAGAAGAUCAUCCAAGCUGAAGGAGAAGCCCAGGCAGCUAAAAUGUUAGGGGAGGCCGUCACAAAGAACCCUGGUUAUCUUAAACUAAGAAGAAUAAGAGCAGCGCAGAACAUUGCCAAAACGGUGGCAGCUUCACAAAACAAGGUGUACCUGAGUGCAGAUAGUUUGGUUCUGAAUCUACAGGAUGACUCAUUUAAUAAAUUGUCACUUGGAAAGAAGUAACCCAUGCAGAAUGGCACUUUCAUUGCAAAUGUCAGGUUAUAUUGCAGUAACCAUAUGUGUAUCCUAAAGAUGGCUGAAUGGGUCACAUGAUUUUGUGAUUGAGUCAAAAAUGGAUGUGUUAGUUCAGCUGAAACUCAUUAAACGUCUAAUGGUGUAGUCCUGGUGCUUCAGAUAAAUUUGACUCCACAAAUGACUGGUUAUCAAGACACUGCAGUUUUGUGAUAAGUUUCAGCACAAUGAAUAAAGGCAGCCAUGUACAACUGUACCAGAUUAUUUUCAUACAUUUCACUGUUGAUUGUUGUUAUUGGUGUAACAGAACACAUGUAUCUUUGAAUGAUACAUUAAAAAGCUCAAGGUUGGCUGCAACAAUAAAUCCAUCCAUUCUUA